GCCAUCUGCUCACGGCGCCGCCUCCCGCUCCUCCCGCCGCCGCCCUGAGUCACUGCCUGCGCAGCUCCGGCCGCCUGGCUCCCCGUGCUAGCCAUCGAGACUUGGCAUUCGUACAACAUGGCAGACAUCGACAACAAAGAACAGUCUGAACUUGAUCAAGAUUUGGAUGAUGUUGAAGAAGUAGAAGAAGAAGAAACUGGUGAAGAAACAAAAAUCAAAGCGCGUCAGCUGACUGUUCAGAUGAUGCAAAAUCCUCAGAUUCUUGCAGCCCUUCAAGAAAGACUUGAUGGUCUGGUAGAAACACCAACAGGAUACAUUGAAAGCUUGCCUAGGGUAGUAAAAAGACGAGUGAAUGCUCUCAAAAACCUUCAAGUUAAAUGUGCACAGAUAGAAGCCAAAUUCUAUGAGGAAGUUCAUGAUCUUGAACGAAAAUAUGCUGUUCUCUAUCAGCCUCUAUUUGAUAAGCGAUUUGAGAUCAUUAAUGCCAUUUAUGAACCUACGGAAGAAGAAUGUGAAUGGAAACCAGAUGAGGAAGAUGAAAUUUCGGAGGAGCUAAAAGAAAAGGCCAAGAUUGAAGAUGAGAAAAAAGAUGAAGAAAAAGAAGACCCCAAGGGAAUUCCUGAAUUUUGGUUGACUGUUUUUAAGAAUGUUGACUUGCUCAGUGAUAUGGUUCAGGAACAUGAUGAACCUAUUCUGAAGCACUUGAAGGAUAUUAAAGUGAAAUUCUCAGAUGCUGGUCAGCCUAUGAGUUUUGUCUUAGAAUUUCACUUUGAACCCAAUGAAUAUUUCACAAACGAAGUGUUGACAAAGACGUAUAGGAUGAGGUCAGAACCUGAUGAUUCUGAUCCCUUUUCUUUUGAUGGACCAGAAAUUAUGGGUUGUACAGGGUGCCAGAUAGAUUGGAAAAAAGGGAAGAAUGUCACUUUGAAAACCAUUAAGAAGAAGCAGAAACACAAGGGACGCGGAACUGUUCGUACUGUGACCAAAACAGUUUCCAAUGACUCUUUCUUUAAUUUUUUUGCCCCUCCUGAAGUUCCUGAGAGUGGAGAUCUGGAUGAUGAUGCUGAAGCCAUCCUUGCUGCAGAUUUUGAAAUUGGUCACUUUUUACGUGAGCGUAUAAUCCCUAGAUCAGUGUUAUACUUUACCGGAGAAGCUAUUGAAGAUGAUGAUGAUGAUUAUGAUGAAGAAGGUGAAGAAGCGGAUGAGGAAGGGGAAGAAGAAGGAGAUGAGGAAAAUGAUCCAGACUAUGACCCAAAGAAGGAUCAAAACCCAGCAGAGUGCAAGCAGCAGUGAAGCAGGAUGUAUGUGGCCUUGAGGAUAAACCUGCACUGGUCUACCUUCUGCUUCCCUGGAAAGGAUGAAUUUACAUCAUUUGACAAGCCUAUUUCAAGUUUUUUGUUUGUUUGUUUGCUUGUUUUUGUUUUUACAGCCUAAAAUAAAAAUGUCAAAUAUAAUUUUAGUUCUCAGAAGAUAAUGUCUUAAUUUUGUACUAAUUCAGGUAGCACAGGCCUAGCUUGAAUUAAGUUAUGUACCCAGUUUGCCAUAUUAUUGAAGAAAAAGGUUUCCAACUUUGAAAGAGGUACUACAUCUACUAAUAAAGUGUGAAAAAAAAAGAGAGAA